GUCACGUAUUUUUUGCCUUCACGAUUUUCUAUUUGGAUACGAUGCGGUUGAUCUUAGUAGAGGCUCUAAUGUGGUGUACUCGCUGCCGGUAGUUUGUAUUAUUAUUGACAACUGGUAGAGCAACCAUCAUUUUUGCAAAAGCUGAACAUUGAUUUUUUGCACAAAAACAAAUACAGGUUAUUAUGGAAUAACGUAUUUUUAGUACAUGACGUCAAACCAAUACCAGAAAAUAACUCCAGAGCUUCGAAACUAAUAGGACAAUAUGAUUAUUAACGUGCACAUUUGUUCAGUCGUUUUCAUUAUAAUUAGCAUUGUUCACAAUGUUCUAUUAUCAGACGUUGCGAUAUUACCAGUAAUGCAAGAACCUACAGCAAAACCAAUACAUUCUAAGGAAGGUGACUCAGCUUUAAUGACUUGUGUUGUAAGAAAUUUAGGUGAUCAUACUGUUUUGUGGAAAACUGAAAAUAAAGACCGACACAGUUGGAAAGUACUAACCGCGGCUGAAUCUAGAAUUACUGCAGAUAGAAGAUUUGAAGUUCUUCAUGAUAUAGGUGGUGAUGUAUGGGUAUUAUCAAUUAAGAAUGUUAAGUUUAAUGAUUCUGGUGUAUACGCAUGCGAAGUAAAUAGUGAUCCUGUAGUUCGAUCAUUUCACACACUGUCAGUGUUAUCAUCUAGUCUUGAACCACCAUUAGAAAAUCUAACGUCGGAAUACUAUGGAAAAGAAGACGAAACUGAAGCUAUCGAUGUGAAGAAUCAUAAUUAUACUGAUUGUUGUUUAGCUAGAAACGUUAGCUCCAGUUGCUUAGGUUUUUGUAAUAUACAAAGUAUUUUAGAUGGUAAUACAGGACAAGAUCCAGAAAACUGUGAACCAGAUUUCAAAUCCAUUGUAAAAUGCAUGGCAGACGGAAGAAAUCACGUUCCGUGCUGCAUUCAAGAAGGCAUUCCAGAUAUAUGCCAAGAUGUUUGCCAAGGGGAAUACACCCCAAUCACUGACAAUAUAAAAACUAUGGUUUCGUGUUCACCUUACACUGAACAGACAUUGGCAUGCAUCGUCGAGGGGAUAGAAAUAUUACCAAGUCAACCUGAAGAUGUUCAAGUUGUAGCUAAUAGUAGUUCUAAUUUUAGAGUUUCUUGGGAUCAACCUAAAUCUAACUCGGCUUCCGUCAAAGAGUUUAUAGUCAAUGUUACAAUGCUCAAAUCAUUUGACGACAUGAAAUUAUUUUCAGAUAACGACAGAAACAGUCAAUCAGUUGUCACGCCCCAUAGUAUACAAGUCAAGGUGCCUGGAACUGAAAAUGAAAUAAAAAUUGAAAAUUUAACACCAUAUACUAUGUAUGAAGUGACUGUAAUUGCCAAUAACAAACACGGAUCUAGUCUACCGUCAUUAGCAAUUCGAUCUCUCACAUUAAAUACAGAUCAAAAAACUACUCGUAAAGCCAAUAUUGACAAUUCUAAGUUACCACUAUUGCCUGAUAUAAGAUCGUGUUGCGUAAAAAAAGGUGUUACACAUUCUUCGUGUUUGGACAAAUUAUGCGAUCCAUCGAAGUCUGAUGGAGCACAAGUAACUGACUUAAUGAUAUGUGCUCCAUGGGCAUCUCAAACAUUUAGUUGCCUUACAAACGGUAUGGAUCAUACUCCUUGCUGUCGUGCAAGAGGGUUACCACCACUAUGUCAGACAUUGUGUGCCGGUAAUCUCACCCAAAUUGAUUUCAGUUAUUUCAGAUGUUUACGUUACAUGGACGAUUACACAAGUUGUCUUCUCCAAGGUUACGGUAUUGUUCCAUCCAGUCCAAGACGUCUUCGUGUUUCAAAUAUAGACGUUGAUUUUGCAAUAUUUCAUUGGGAACCACCAAAGAAUUUAGGAGAUUCCGUAACACACUACAAUGUGUUUUUUAGACUAGUUGACGAUGAAUAUGAUUCUAUAACCAAUGUUCAUUCUCCUUUUAUAUUGGAACAUUUAAAACCUAAUACUUUGUACGAAGUAUUUGUGGAAGCUGUUAAUGCACAUGGUUCAGGAGAACCUUCGCAACGAAUUGUGUUUUCAACAAAGAGCCAGAUAGUUAAAAAUCGAGAAUUGACUUCUUCGUCGUAUAAUGUGACAGAAUGUUGUGUUAACAUUAAACUUCAUCAAACGUGUAUGCCUCUAUGUUCUUUUGAUGCAAAUAUGACUGAUAUAAGGAAUUUAGCUCCAUUUUGCGGGACUGAACUUCACAAACUUAUCAAGUGUGGUGCUGGUGGUCGGAAUCAUGGAGCUUGUUGUACACGCCGAGGAGUACCAAGCACAUGUACGCCUUUAUGUUCUGGCGUUGUACCUGAUACUUUGAUCAGCACAGCAGUUAACUGUGCUUCAUUUAUCGGCAAUGUUGUACAAUGUUUUGAAGAAGGAACUGGCAAGCUACCAGGACCUGUUGGUGAUAUGCAUGUAGUAAAGUUAACUAAUACUAGUGUUUCGUUAGCGUGGAAUCCUCCUAACGACAAUAGUAGUUUCACCAAUUUUGUAGUUCAUUAUCAAAAAGUUAACAACGUUACUGUACAUGAAAAUACAAUCAAAUUAGAUCAGCAAGUUGAAGUAAAUGAAAAUUCAAUUCAAUUAAAUAAUUUAGAAUCAAGAAAAUUGUAUAAAAUUUUCGUUAUUUCUAAAAAUGCAUAUGGUACAUCAUUACCAACAUCUAUACUCUUACUUAAUAUUACAGAUACAAAUCUGAACAAUAAAAAAAUAACGGGUGUACCAUCGCCACCUCAUUCCCUUGUUAUUUCUAGUCACAGCGCCAAUUAUGUGACUAUUAAUUGGCAACCACCUGAGUUCAGUCAUGUAUCUGAAGAAAUUAAGUAUACACUCUUUUGGAAACCCGUUUCUGAAACAUUAUUUCGCAAAGUAGAUGUAGCUGUUACUGCACAUAUGUUAGAAGAUUUGUCUCCUAAUUCUCAGUAUAUUAUUUAUGUUAUUGCGACGUCGAAAAAUGGAAAUAGUUUACCUUCCGAAACAUUAAUUGCAUGGACCGAUCCAGCUUACCCAGCAUUUGUAGAGCCACCUACAGUACAUCCAAUAAAUUUGGUAAUUGAAGGUAGUAGCAUGACAGUUUUAUGUAUUGCGAUGGGUACGCCAUCGCCAACUAUUUCUUUGUAUAUAUCUGGAAGAUUUGUUAGACAAGAAACAUCAAGACAUAUGGUAACUGUCAUUCAUAAUGUUACAAGGGACAUGGACGAAAUAUCUUGUUAUGCUGACAAUGGAUAUGGUACGCCAAUGCAGUCUUCUAGAAAAAUCAAUAUAAGUUAUAUUCCUAAAUUAGUAGCAUCUAAGAUAACUAUGGCCAGUCUUGGUGAUACAGUGACAUUAGAGUGUAUGGUGGAUGCUCAUCCUGAACCUAAAAUGCUUUUCUGGAGAGAUGCACAGGGACGUAAGCCAGUAAUUCAAAGUAGCAAACACGAUGUUAAUGUUAUCCGCUCCAAAGAAGAUAACACGAAAUUUGUCAUGGAACUUACUAUUAGUAAACUGGCUGAACAAGAUGAUGGUGAUUACUUUUGUCAUGCUGAGAAUUCAUUUGGAAGUGCCACAAAGCCUGUAUCUGUUAGAAUUAGAAAUUCUAUAACAAUCAGCAAUGUGACACAAUGUUGUAUUCAACAGAACGUUACCACAGGUUGUUUGGAUGCAUGUUCUUCUUCGUAUCUGGAUAUAAAUAUGGCAAUAGCCAGAACGGAUUGUUUUAAUGACUUUGAUAAACUGAUGAAAUGUGCUUCAGAUGGAUCAGAUCAUAGAGCUUGUUGUUCAGAUCGUGGAGUGCCUAGACGUUGUUUGGAAUGGUGUCGUGGUGAACCCGUUAAUAACAAAAUGUGUGUAAUCUCCUACUCGAAAUCAAUAUUGGCAUGUUUCCAUGAACUAAAAGACAAACUUCCUGGACCUCCGACUAAUGUACGAGUUGAAAACACUAAUGAUCAUACAAUUAUUGUAAGGUGGGAUCCACCCUCAAAAAAUCCACAGACAGUAGAUGUAUACAGGGUAUUUUGGAGACGCGUAGGUAAUUCAAGCUCCGAGAAAAAUGAUACCAAAGAAACAUCUAUGCGAAUAAGCGGUCUAAAAGAAGAUUUUAUCUACGAAAUUGUAGUAAAGGCUGGUAAUGACAAAGGAAUGAGUACACUUACAAAUCCGAUUAGAUUUACAACAUCAGAAAAAGAUGUUACAUCAGCCGCCAGUAUAGGUGAAAGUAGAACUGAUAUUGGAACGAUCUUUGGAGUAUUUGUUGCUAUUUUAAUUGUAGGAGGUAUUGUAGCUGGUGUAGUAUACUACAUGCAUAGUCAUGGCAAUCUAUUGCAUAAAUCUUCUAGCGGUGUUUCUUUUGAAAACCCUAGUUAUUUAAGAGAAGUCAACAUGGAGAAUAUGAAUCAGACUGAUUUGUCUUAUUCGACUCCAACUAAUGGUUUAGAUUCAGCUGAAUGGAAACAAGACCACUUGCAUACAGCUACUGAAGUACCUCCAACGUUAUACGAAGAACUUAAGCUCGGCUCAAACGGUGCCGGUUUCAAACGACUAAAACCAUAAAAAUGAAACACUAAGUAUAACAAACCAAUAAAAAAUUUAUUUUAUGAAAUAGUAGCGAUUAACUAAUUAAUUAAUUAUUUGUACAAAUUUAAUUAAAGGCGUCCAUAAAAUAUUUUCCAGGGAGGGGAUGAAGAAAUUUUUUGUUUUGAUGACCUUUAUUUUUUGUUUAUUAUUUAACCAUAUUGUAUUAUAUUUAAAUGAAAUAAUUAUAAAAUCUUAUGAAAACACAAUCAUUUCUUUAAAGAAACAUAAUUUUCACUACAACGUUAAUAUUUCGCGAUGAACAUGUGUUCUUCCUCUUGUCUUCAUCUAUGGGCGCUCUUGAAAUUAACUGAAACAACUACUUUAGGUUAAAGUCACCAAAAAUGUUAUGUAAAAUAUUAAAUUAUUGUAAUAUAAUUACCAUUUUAACAACAUGUAUAAAUUAAGUAAUGAAUAAUUUUAAAUUGUGAUGAAGGGACUAUCCCAUAUCAUACGGAAUCAAAUGUUAUGUUCUAGUUUUGGUAACUUACAUAUUGAAUCCACUAUGUAUAAAAAUUGAUAUAUUUUCUUAUGACCUCUGUAAUUUUAAAAAUAUUCUUUAAGUUCUAAUUCAAAUGAUUUUUUAUAAAAGUUAUUUUAAAUUUUAAGAAUAUUUUUUUUAUAUACUUAUAAACAUCAGAUAAAUAUAAAAAUUACAGAGAUCACAAAAAAUGAUUGAAAAAUUUAA